UCUGAAAGGGAGACAGAGGGAGAGAGAGAUUGUUGAGGAGAGUUGGAGAGAGAGAGUUUGCUACUCAGAAAGGGAGAGUCGGUGAUAGAGAGAGCGAUAAAGGAGUGAUGCAGUAAAAGCUAUACACCGUGUUGCAAAGAGACAAUCCUGGCCCAGGUUCGAGUCGCUCGGGGGAGGAUGACCGUGAAGGGAGCAUAACAUGGACUUACUCACAGAAUCCAUCUGAAGACACGCCAACAGCGAGGGGCAGGUUUUAUUCCGCUCAAUCUACCUUGUAACCGAGUGGAUCACCUGUAGAGAGCUGGAUCCUAGACCACCUGUAGGACCCGGAUCGUAUCGGACCAUAUAACUCCUCAGCUGCUGCGAUGGAAUGCCUCAAGAUGUGCUGCAAAGACCACCUGGUCAAGGAGUCAGAGCCGGAGAAGCGAGGGAUCCAGGUGAAGAUGCCCCAAGGAGAGAUCUGCAGGGAGAUGCCGCGGUCCAUCGGGAUCUCGGAGGACUACCUGCUGUCCAAGAUGCCCCUGGACGGGCGCGAGGUGCCGUUCGUCCUUCCCACCUACCAGCCCACCUACAUCCAGCCGCGGGGCCCCGGGUACCCCCACGCACCGCCGGGACCCCAGAGUUCAGCAAGGAUCAGGUACGCAGAGAGGAAGGCAGAGCUCUCGGCCCACCAAAGUCCGGGCUACGGCAGCACCGAGACCAGCUUCCACCCGGACCAGAAGGCCGCGUUCAUGUCCCCCGGGUCGGCCCGCCGCGACACGCUCCAGCAGAACCGCAUCCCGGCGCCUCAAGGCCCAGUGUGUGAGCUGAGGGCUGGGCAGCAGAGGCUGAGCAGCUCCCUGGUGGACCUCUCCAGGCCUCUAGGCCGCAUGCAGCAGAGGUUCGACUCGGUGUCCAGCGUCCAGAGCAACACCUCCUCCAUGAUGAGCUCCAUGCAAAGCAGUCUGGAGUCCAUCGGCCUGUCGGGGGACGAGGGGGAACCAGGCAAGGUGUGUGUCCGGGUGAGCUACCAGGAGAAGCUGGAGCAGGUGUGGAUCGCCCUGGUCCAGUGCUCGGACCUGACCCUACCGGGGGUGGCCGUGGACCAGCAGAGGAUCCAGUUCAAAGGGAUCAUCACCACCUCCAAACCGGUCCAGUUUAAAAGCUCCGUCAAGGACUAUGUUCCGGACGUGGAGUUCAUGGAGACGUUUGUGUUCGCGCUGCGGCUGCAGAAGCUGCACAGCAGUGCUCUGGUGCUUCGGCUGCAGACCCUCAGCCCCAAGAAGCGCUCCGUGGCCCAGUGUGUCCUUCCACUGCGUCGACUAGGGCCCCAGGAGACGGAGCACUGGCUGGAGCUACGCCCCGCCUCCAAGUCCCCGGUGUGCCAUGCGGAGCUGCAUGUUGCCACGUGCUUCCAGGCCGUCAGCAGUCGAGUCCAGGUGCAGGUCAUCGCUGCCCAGAACCUCCCCACCUCCUCCUCCCCCCUCUCCCAGGUGUUCUUCGUGAAGGCGGAGCUUCAGCGGCUGGAGCGACCGACCACGACCAAGAAGACCAAGGCCCUGAAGGCCUCAGACGGCACCUGUCAGUGGGCGGAGACUCUCCACUUCCUGUUGCCGCCGUUAGACCACGACUCCACGCUGGCGGUCAAACUGUACAGCCGCAGCUCCGUCCGUAGGAAGCAGUACCUGGGAGAGGUCCUGCUGGGGCUGAACAGCGCAGCCCCAGCGGCCGCCGAGCAGUGGAGGAACACGCUGGCUCAGCCCGAGAUCCACGUGGCCGCCUGGCACAGGCUGAGCAGGUCGUAGGUCAAACCCCUCGGCCCACCGCCCUCGGAUCCCACCCAGCUGUCCGUACUGUACUGUACGUACUGUACUGUCACUGUACUGUUACGGUAGAUACUCUACUUUCACUGUACGUACUGUCACUGCACCUACUGUACUGUCACUGUACAUACUGUACUGUUACUGUACGUAUUCUACUGUCACUGUGCAUACUUUACUGUUGCUGUAUGUGUUUUUACUGUAUGUACCGUACAGCUGCAGCCCGCAUCUGCAGGGUUAGUUAGCUGGACAAUCUACUGCUCAGUCGCAGCGACCCAAGGCAUCGUGGUGAACACCACGCGGAACAUUUCUUAAACACUGCGAGGAACCGAAUUGUGCGAUUUGUAAAUAGUACGAAACCCCUGAAGAAUACCGAACGGUUGAGACAGUGCCGAACAAAUGGAAACACAAAUCAAAGAAGCUCUGGUUUAUUUUGUUCUAUGUAGUACCAAGUUAAUAUUGGUAUAACAAUACGACAAUGACGUACCCGGAAUGGCUGAAAUGUAUUUUUGUACACGUCGACACGUGGACGCCGCUUCUGGUACCAUUGUGACUUUUAUCAGCGUCUGUGUGGUUUAGAGGGUGUAUUUUUUGUGGUGAUUGAUAAUGAACUCAUUCACAAAACACUUGUUUUAUCGAUUGCCUAACAAGGAGCUACGUUAAAGACAUGUUCAUUCUCAUAUAGUGUGGCAGGUCUAAGCCAGAAGCUUUUUCAAACAAAAGCAAUUUUAAUGAUGUGCACAGAUUUAAUCAACUGCUAGCUACUGAAAUAGCGUUCAUUUGAAUUUAAUAAAGCCAAAUAUUGGAUAUAUGUAGAUAUUUUAAUAUAUAUAUGUAGAUGAGUAAUAUUUGUAAUGUAUUGUGAGAUAAAUGAGGGGGGAGGCUGUGAUGAAGUGAUAUGUUUCUAGUAGAAUCUUAAACAUAAGUUGUGUUCUUCUCAUUGUAAAAUAACAAGUUUUGACUGAAAAUAAAAAUAAAAUGCUAAUUGGAACGCCUUUUCCCCAACAUUGUGUUUGUGACGUCCGAUACUUGACGUCGAGACGAGAGACGGGUUAUAAAACAAAUCGGAAGUCCGGGCAGCCGGUCAGCCAAUCAUAAAACACUAGUGCUACUGACCACUAGGUCGUCCAAUCAUAAAACUCGAUCCUGAGUUUCUUUAUUGAGGUGCGGAGCAAAUGACCUAUCUACCUGUAAACACUGGAAGAUUCCAAGAUUGCAGAGCAGUCGAGUAGUCUGCCACCAUGUGCACGCUAGACGGCCCCCAGGUGGCGUUUACCGGCUCCUCUGUAACAACGCAGGGUGGCGGUGUUGGAACCCGUUUAGUGCAUAGUUUGGGUUUAAUGAUCCGAAGCAGGAGAUAACCUGCUGCCUUGGAGCAGAUCUCCCUGAGUGUGUGUGGACGCACUGGACGGGGAUAGCUGGUUUAACCUGUGCUCAUUGAUCACUCAACGUUCAACAGGUGUGCAGCUUCCCCCAGCCCCAGAGUCCAAUCAGACAGACUCAGGCUAGGUGAGGCUUUCAAAUUUGGAGGUUCUUGUAUUUUAUGACAGAGGCGGUUUGGAGAUGUAUCUUGUGAGACUUGCUGGAAGCUGCUCUUUUUUCAUGAAAUGUUGAGUUUAUUGAGUAACCAAAUAUAUACCGGCUAUGUCUUCAUCACAAGUUCCAUCUUGUAUUGAAAGGAAAAUAUAUAUAUAGCCGAUAUAUUAAACUCUUCCUAAUGGGGCUGGAUUCUUGAAAAAAGGAAAACGAAUCAAUCCCUGAAUCCUAUUAGAACAUGAGUGUUUUCAAAUUAAACUGAAACUCAUGAUCUGAACUGAAAAUCAACAGCAAACAAGAUAAUCUCUUUCCCAGAUGUUGGGCUUCAUUCAAUGUCGACCAGCUGUGGCCUUGGCAUGCAGAGGAACACACGCACUCACGCACGCACACAAACUCCAACGAACAAUACCCCAGCCAGGCAUCCCAAGACCACAGAAAGGUGU